CUAUUCUAUUACAUUACCUACUGAAAAUAUAAUGUGUGGUACGCCUGUUUCAUUACUUUCUAUCAACAAUGGCUGCAGCUGCCAACAUGGAGUGUAUCGAUUUUAUGGAAUUCCAGGAUUCCUUAAAGAAGAUGCGCAAAAUGGACGAUACAAUUAUCUAUUUACUAAAUUCAGUAUUACCGACGGAUUCGUUCAGAGCACAAUUGGAUCCAACUCAUCAGUGCAAAGAUCUGUAUCAACGGAUACAAAAAGGCCACUCCGAGCGAGAAAUUGCAAUUAAAAAAUGCCUGGAAGUUUCACGUGAAAGAGUGAAAAAUUUAAAGUCUCAGAGAGAAGGAGAGCAUGAAAACGACGUAGGUUUGAUUAAAAAAUUAAGGAAAGAACAAAGCACACUUCGUUUGCUUGAAUCAGAAUUAAAUGUGGAAGAGGUCGUGAAAAAACGAACACUUUCUGUUUAUCACGAAAAGUGUCGGGGAUAUUAUAAACCAUCGAAUUUAGAAUCGUGAGACAAAUCUAGGUCGGUUCUUCAAUACAAGAAGGAAGGGCCGAAUGAAUAUUGUUUUAGAAUAUAUUGUACUCGAGAAAAUUCGAUAAACGAUAGCAUUUGUAAAUUACGAUAAUCUGUAUCACACUGUUUUUCCAGUUUUUUCAACAAAACUGUUUAGAGAAUUAUAUAAUUGAUUUAAUUCAAAA